AUGAAGGCUGGAAUACCAGCCUUUAUAGCAGGAAUUCUUGGUGGCAUUGGUGUUCUACUGUUUCUCAUAGCUUUUGGGACAGAUUAUUGGCUCCUGGCAACAGAGACCUGUGGAAUCUUUGAACCUGAAAAUAAAACUCUUCACACCCCAGAGGAUGUGGUUUUGAGAGAGGUCAGAAAAGAGAUCCUCACUUUUCACCAUGAAGGUUUCUUUUGGAGAUGCUGGUUCUAUGGCGAGGAUUAUGAGGAGACCAUAUGGAACUUCUGGUUCACUAGCCAAGCACACCCCAAGUAUUGCAUGCAUGGCUACCUGUUUCCUAUGCCCAUUGCUCUGGGACCUUUCCUGCAUCCUUCCCAUGAUGCAACCGCAGUGUACAGGGGUUUCUGGACUGCAUUCAUCGUACUAGCUGUCACUGCCAGUCUGGCGGGAGGAUUCCUGUUGGUGUGUGGUGUGCCCUUUUUCAAUGCUAGAUUCUAUAAAGUAGGAGGUGGAUUCCUCAUCACAUCUGGAGGCUUAUUUUUCCUGCUCAUAUUUCUCUUUGUGAUGUGGAAGGAGUUUGCAGCUGAUCUCCAGAAAUACAUACUUCUGGAAAGAAGUGAAAAAUGCAUGGACGAUGUCCCUGUAAAUGUGUAUUAUGGAUGGUCAUUUAUGUUUGCUGCAGCUGGGAUUCCCUUGGUUUUACUUUCUGGACUUCUCUUUUAUCUCGUUGGCCGAAGCAUUCUGCCGGCAGUGGAGUAA